GACUAUGAAGAUGAAACAAUAUCAGAGAGAAUAAUGGCGUUAUCAGAAAUAUUUCCUGAACGUUUACGCAAUGUGGUCUCUAAAGUUGGUAGUAUAACCAAGACAGGUACCAUAGCAACAUACAGAUUUAGCAGAAGUGCAAUGUGGAUAUUUACCACAUCUUUCCUGGUUUUGGUUUUACCAGUUGUCUUUGAAGUAGAGAUGACUCAGAUGGAACAAGCACAGAUUCAAAAAGAAAGACAG